ACCGGGCGCGCCGCGGCCAGUACUCAGCAUGUCGGCGUGGACUGUGGGUGUGUGUGCCGUGUGUCUGGCCGCAGCGCUGGCCUCGGACAUCGAGUUCCCGGCGGGCGACGGAGACAACCUCGAGAUCCCACUUGAUCUCAUGAGGAAACUCAGCACAUUGGAAAAUAUUACAGAAUUUCAGGAUUUUGUUGAUGCACAGUCUCAAGAAGAUUUUGGCACUGACAUUAUCAAUCGGUUUGGAGAAGAAAUUGAAAGAAAGGCGGCGACGGUGCCCAAGAACGCGGUGUGCGUCCCGGAGCUGCGAGUGGUGCAGCUGGUGGAGCGCAGAGACCCGUCGCUGCUGUACUUCCCGUCCUGCACGCGCGUGGAGCGGUGCGGGGGCUGCUGCUCCUCGGAGCUGCUCAGCUGCCAGCCCACGGACUCCGAGCUCGUCAACUACAUGGUGUACGUGUCGUCGCUCGGCAGCUCGGGCAAGUUCAAAGUGAAAGAGAAGAUAAUCGUCUCUGUGGAGAAGCACCUGGCGUGUCGGUGUGGCUGCACCGUCAAGGAAGAGGAUUGCAGCAAGCUGCAGCGCUACGAGGAGGACAACUGCCGCUGCUCCUGCAUCAACAGGGACGAGGAGAAGAAGUGUCGCUCCCAGAACACCACCAAGCUCUGGGACCCCAGCACCUGCGCAUGCACCUGCCGAGAGCUGCGCCAGUGCAGCUCCGGAUACUUCUACGACCAGAACACCUGCGCGUGCUCGGAAAUGAGGACCAGGCGUCGUCACGUGACGAGCGAGGACUCCCGACUGCUCGGAGGCCCCACCCCCCGGCCGGAGCCCCUGCCCGUGCUGCCCCUGCGCUCCACCGCUCCGGCCCACGACCAAGACACUCGCCCGUAGAGCAAGCCAUCGAGCGGUCCAGAACAUGACCGAUGAACAGAAGCACAUCUGUAGCAAUGUAACUGCAAUCACCAUGUAUAUAACUGUACUUAUGAUGCCAAACCUAAGCCACUGUAAGACGCAGUGAGGGAAAUUUCUGACAGCAAGUUCUAAUGUUGUUUAAAAAUUAGAAACGUACAUACAGAGGAGAGAUAAGAGCCUGUUAGUUUCUGCUAUGAGUUAUAUCCUGAAAUAAUAUGAAUUAUUCACAUUGUGCGAUGAACCCACCCUAAUGUAUCAAACAUUGUAAAAAAAAAAAUUAUGUGAACUUGUGUAAAUAUAUUAUUUAUUUAUUCGAAAUGUGUAAAUUUUUUGAACUAAAAACAUUGUAAUAC